AACUUUGAAGAAGUUUCUCGACUCUCACGAGGAAGGCUUAUUUAAGCUCUGGUUUAGGAACAGGAGGGGAGGUUUUCAUCAGGAGAGCAACUCGAACAAGUGUAUAUUUAUUCUUAAUCCUUCGGCAGAGGAAUUUCUCCCUCAAGCAAACCGGAGCCAUCUGUUCGCUUGGGUUGAUUUUUCAAUUCUGUGUUGUUUUUGCCUUGUUUUGUUUCGCAGGGACUUUUUGCCUCCGUGUCUUUUUUGUUUCGUCUUGGAGGGGGAAAGGAGCUUUGGUUUGUUGGCGGGGGUUAAGCAGAGGAGCUGGUAUCCGAGCAAAACCUUGAAGCUGAAAUUUGAAUCCUGCCAUCGGUUUGCUGGUGGAGUGGACAAAACUCACCUUUGGACGUCCGUUAAGUGACAUUUGGCGUGCAGAACAGACCUUAACCGAGCUUUCUCUUGGAUUUUUCUUCUUUUCUUAGUGUUUUUGCUGUCAGUUCCAGCUACAAAGAAGAUCAUGGCUGACAGCCAGAUACCUUUUUCGUCCCAUUUUCCUGGCCGGCACCGAACCCUUCGAGACCCCUUCAGGGAAUCCAGCUUGUCCUCCCGACUUUUGGACGAUGACUUUGGGAUGUCCCCCUUUCCCGGAGACCUGACUGCCGCCUGGCCGGAUUGGGCCCGCUCACGGCUAAGCUCUGGAUGGCCAGGCCCACUGCGGUCGGGGAUUUCCCGAGCCGGCGGCCUUUCCCCCCCAGGUUACGGCACCAGAUUCGGGGGGUACCCAGAAGAAGCAAUGUAUGGGGCCAGCCCUCCCGCCUUCACCGGGGAACCCUGGAAGGUAUGCGUCAACGUACAGAACUUCAAACCCGAGGAACUGACAGUGAAAACCAAGGAUGGUUACGUGGAAGUGUCAGGUAAACAUGAAGAACAACAGGUCGAAGGAGGAAUAGUUUCUAAGAACUUCACCAAGAAAAUCCAGCUCCCCGGAGAGGUGGAUCCCACCACGGUCUUCGCAUCCUUGUCCCCAGAGGGGCUCCUGAUCAUUGAAGCACCACAGAUUCCGCCUUACCACCAGUACGGAGAAAUUAGCUAUGGAAACGAGCUACCUUUGGACAGCCAAGAAGCCACCUGUGCCUGAAGCCAGCCUUCCUCGCCGGCUGCCCCCUGCCCUGCCCUGCCCUGCCUCCCUCCCUCCCCAACUUUCUCUCCACGUAGGAUUGCAUUUCUGGAAAGCCUAUUCGAUGUUGUACAUUUCCUUCUAAAAGCUUGUCCUUGGUAGGUCCUGCUGCUCACCCACAGUGCUGAUCAGAUCGGGGAGAAAGGGGGGGGUCGAGGAGGUGUGGUCUUGGAGGCCUUUGUAUCAGUGCCCCCUUUGUCUUUCUAAUAACCUGUGAUGUGUGCUCACCUGUUGUCCUGGCUUGGCUCCCAAGAGUGACCUUGGCGGAAGCAUUAACUCUAGAAGCUCCAGGGCACGUCACCCGAGACGUGCCCUGAGGAGGAACCUCUGGAAGAUGGAGGAACCGGAGGAGGAGAGGUGCCCAGCUUCUGAGCCCAGGACUGGUGGUUUGGGGGCUGGGGUGCACGGCCCGCUCUGCAGUUGAGGAGUGCCUGGGCAAUAUGCCCCCCUGAUUGUGUCAUGUUCCUGGGUCUGGUCAUGUUUACCAGAGAGUGGAAAAUAAAGAGGAUGUCCAUUUGCAUAA